UGUGGUUCUAGUUACUUCAGCUGAGUUUCACCUGACAGCUAAAUCAGCACAUUUCAUCAGAAGUGAACCACUGUCAGGAUUACACUAACCAACAUUAAUUUUGGAUUUCCUCCUGUCUUAAAAGGUUUAUGAUGGAGCCGGGGCUGAAAAUUUGUGUUUUUUUUCUGGCAGCACUUCACCUAAACACAGAUGUGACACAGGCCAUGCAAAUUACAUCCUCGGGCCCGCAGACCGUCCAGAAGGCCAAGGGUGAAAAGGUUCUACUCGGGUGCACCUACACCCCAGGACUCGAAGACACCGGGGAACUCGACAUUGAAUGGUCCAACCUCAGCCCAGACAUGACGCAGAAAGACAAACUGAUCUUGGCCUUCACAGAAGGGCGUAUACACAACUAUGACCCCAGCCUCUCUGGCAGGGUCAGCUUUACAGGAGACCCCAAGCAGGGGGACGCGUCUAUCGCUCUCUCUGAUUUGAGGCUCUCAGACACGGCCACCUACCAGUGCAAAGUCAAAAAAUCACCAGGCGUCGACAUGCGGAAAGUAACUGUUGUCGUAAUGGUUCCCCCGUCUGUUCCAAAAUGUUGGAUUGACGGCAAGGAGGAGAAAGGCACUCCGGUCACUCUCCGCUGCAAAUCAGACCAGGGAUCCUCUCCUCUUACGUAUACAUGGACGAGAGAAAGUUAUCUUGGAAAACCGCCCGCGGUUGUGCCACUAAACACACAGAGUGGGGAGUAUUUGAUCAAGAACCAUUCGGACAGCUAUGCUGGAAGUUACUUGUGUGAGGCAAGAAACCCUGUGGGCAAAGCUCAAUGUAAACAGACGCUGGAGGCACACAACCCCACCAAUCGAGUGGGUGUCAUCGUCGGGGCUGUGAUAGGUGCUCUUCUCCUCCUCCUCCUCCUUUUGCUCACCAUCUGGCUCUCGGUCUGCUGCUGCCUCAAAUUACGUUAUGAGAAGGAGGUGGCCAAUGAAGUCAGGGAGGAUACCCGUGCCCCAGAGAGCCGCCCCCCCAGUAGGAACUCCAGCUACCGCUCAGUGCUGGGGUACCGCACCCACCAAGGGGUGUCCUACAGCUCAGUGGGGAACCGCCUGCCCAGUGUCAAUGAGUCCAAUGCCAGUAACAGUGACAAGGGGUCAAAACAUAGCUCAGUGAGGAAACCCCUCCCGGCACUCAAAUACGACCACCGCUACGGUUACCCCGUGUAACUACAAUUUAUACACAAUGGACUUCUGAAAUGCCUUAGAAAAAUCCCCAUUUUUUCACUAUAAGUGUAAAACUUUUUUAUACUUUAAAUGUAAAUAUUUCAGAAGGAAUAAUGCCAAAUGGUGCCAUACAGCCUGUUGAACACAACCUCGAAGGCAUACUGAGAAUAA